AUGGGUGAGCUUUUAUCUCUGGACUUUCAUGGCAAUUUAGUUCCCUUCCGGUCUUGCCGUUGGAAAAUGCUAAACAAUCUGAAUUCGACCAGACACAAUGACAUAGCAUGUAAAUUCAAGCAUGGGAAGGCCAAUGAAGCAUACUUCUUCACCGUAGUACCACAAGCAUACAGCACUGCUGAACAAAUGGAAGGAAGUGCAAAGAGUGGUUAUUGGAACGCUACAGGUGAAACUGAGCAGAUUGAUCAUCACAAUGAAAUUGUUGGAUUCAAAAGAAUAUUUGUUUUCUACUGGGGAGAGGCUCCAACGGCAAAAGAAAGCUCCUGGAUAGAGAGAUAUGCGCUAUGCAGAAUCAUAGACAAAGAACAUGAUGAGAUAGAGGAUUAG